UCAAAAACGUCGUUUUAACUUCUUCAUAGGGCCAUGCAACGUUCAAUUUCAUCUUCUUCCUCUACAACCAAAAACGUGUGCAACCAAAUUCUCCGGCUCGAGCGACAACUCAAGCCGGAGAAAUAUCAAGCCCCAUGCGACGUGUUCAUAAACCAUAGGGGAAUAGACACGAAGCGAAAUGUUGCGGGCUUAUUAUACGAACAUAUUAGAAAUAAUCUGGGGCUUAGGCCAUUUUUGGACAGCAAGAACAUGAAGCCAGGUGACAAAUUGUUCCAUAAAAUCGACCCCGCGAUUCGCCAUUGCAAAAUUGGGCUAGCUAUUUUUUCACCUCAGUAUUGUGAUUCCUAUUUUUGCUUACAUGAGUUGUCUCUUAUGAUGGAAUCAAAGAAGAGGAUUAUACCUGUUUUUUGUGAUGUAAAGCCUUCUGAACUUGCUGUUAAGGACUUGAAUGUUAAUUUUCCUAAUAUGGAUUUGGAGAAAUUUAACUUGGCUCUUGAGGAGGCAAAAUACACCGUUGGGCUCACGUUUGAUACCUUAAAAGGGGAUUGGUCUGAAUUUCUGGUGAAAGCUUCGGAUGCAAUAAUGAAGAACUUGUACGAGUUAGAAAGAGAGAAGUUCAUCAACAGAAAGAAAUAUAUUCGUCGAAAACAACUUUUGCACAACUAUUGAUCAAAUAAGAUAUCGAGGAUAGUUGGUAAAAUAAAUUCGGACAAGAAGGGUGGUAAACCCUUUUCACCUUCCAGUUAUCUAGGAGAAACAAAAAAAAAAAAAUGAAAGCUCCUACGAAGGGUAACAAAUAAAUCCAAUAAAUUCACAUUCAUUUGUUCCUUAAUUAACUAGUUUAAUUCUUAACCAAAGUCCUUUAGGAAGACACAUGAUACUUUGUUCCUAUAGCUAACACAUUCAAUAUUCAUUCUUUUUCUUUUUCUUUAUUAAUAACUUGUACUCAUCAUGUAAUAUUAUUGAGUCAUGUAUUCAGGCUUUUUUGUUGUCUGUGUAAUUCAUCAAAUCAAUCAUGAAAUGUAAUGCAUUAGAUGAUUCAAGAAACAGA